AUGGCUACUUUGGCGGAGAAGAAAGAUGUCAUGGAUGACACACCUCGCCGGUGGCAGCUUGAUGGCACGGAGGCUCAGAUGGAGAAAGUCCUCUUCAAAGCAGAUGAGGACACCGCUUCAGAAUACCUGAAGGACCUGAUCAGCUCCGUCGGCCUAAAGGAUGCAUGGGGUGAGAUGGCCAAGAGGUUCCGUUCUGUGCAGGCGCAGCAUGCCCAGCUCAUGUCCCUGGCAAGCCGAGACGCCCUGAACCGGGAUUUCGUGACGCGGCCGGAGUUCAGGCUCACAGUGCAGGAGGAGCACUACCGGAAGCUGCAGGACCACACGAAACGCCUCUCAGCAUUGGAGCAGCAAUUGCAAGAAGAGCAGACAAAACGGCUGGAGCUUACGGAGGCUUUGCACGAAUACGCAGAGAGAACCGAUCGGGAGCUCAAGACCUUGAAGCCAGAGGUGACCAAAGCCCAUGCCUGGCUCCAGACGCUGGAUCAAAGGUGCCAGGAGCAGAACACAGCAAACCUGAAAGCUUUUGAAGAUUUGCAGGAGCAGCUCAACAGCCGUGAGAAGAAGCUCCGAGAGGAGGCAACGAAGCUUUCGAAAGCCCUCGAGGCCGAAGUUGUGGAACGCAAGGUUUUGGGUAUCGAAGUGAAGAAACAGAAGGAGUUCUUGGCAGGAGAAGCCUUCCAAAAACACAUGGAGGAUACGUGUAACAAAGCUCUGGCCCACUAUGUUCACAGGGAUGUAAUGAUGUCAGAGGUUCAGAGCUCCACGGAACAUAUGUGUCAGCCUCUACAUGUUCUUAUCGGCAAGCUGGAGAAGACUGUGCAGACCUUGGCCCAAGAGCUGCGAAUGAAGGAUGCAUACCUGGAGCAAUGCCUUGAGAACGAGGCUGCCAAGCUGUCUCACAAGGACGAACUCCUAAACGAGCGCAUAGACGCCGUGGUGGACGAACUGCCUGAGAAGGCUACCGUCGUGUCCGUGGACGAUGUGAAAGGCAAGCUCUUGUUUCAUGUGGACAAUCUGGAAUCUCUGCACACGCGAUUACAGAAAGAGGCCACGCACAAGCUCCAGGAGGUGGUCACCCGCGUCUCUGAAUUCCAGGUGAUCCUCCAGGACCAUGAGCAUGCACUGCAGCAUGCUGCCGAGGAGAUCCUGCAUCGUGGAACCAAGUACGAUGUAGCGGUAUUGACCGAGCGAGUGGAUCGCUGUGCUGGCAAAGACAAGAUGGAGGGUGACCUGAAAGAGAUCCGUGACACACUGACAUGGCAGAGCACCAAGAUCGAGUCCAUGCAGUUCCAGAGCGGACUGGGUGGUGGCGGUGGUCUCGGCAUCCAUCGGAGUGGCAGCCGAGCCAGAUCUAUCAUCGCUCGCAGUGUUCUUGGUGGGAAACUCAGUCGCAGCAGCUCUAUGGCCAGCGACCUCCCUGUCACAAACAGCUUGAGCUGGAAGCAGACGUCCACGGCGGCACCUAUCUCCGGUGAAGGCAGCACUGUGAAGUUCUCCGAAGAGGACAGCAAGGAUGACGACGCCCAGGACUCCACGCUGAAGAUAUCCAUUCCGAAGGUUCCAUUUGCAGAGCGCAUCGAGGAAGAGUCUUUGCCUGGCGAUGUGGUCAGCCUUGCAGCAGGUUCUGAGCCUGGAGGCGAAGGCGCCUCCGACGCAGACGACAUCCGCAACGAUCCAAUGCGCGACCUCUUAGGCUUAAACGCCGGGAUAGAUGCCACAGGGCUGGAGGAGCACCUCGUGGAGCAGGAGCUGCAGCUGCAAAACCUGCAGGAACAGUUGGCAGACCUGAUGCAGGGCUCUGCCCUUGGGGCCUCUACACUGACGGAGCUCCUGCAGCAGCAGCUUGAGUGCCUGGCACAAGGUGUUUUUUGCUUAGGCAAGAUCUGCCUGAGACCCCAUAGAGGCGGCCCUGCCACAAGCACUGUCUUGCGGCACGACAACACGGUGGAAGUGCUUGGUCAUUUACGUUCAGUCAUGCAUUGGAUCACGCACCGGCAGCGGCCGUCUGAGUGGGAGCCCACAGCCCUCGCGACCAUUGCGCUACAGUCUACUCAUAUCCCGGACCACGAUGUCACCUACAGCCCUCCACGCCCGACGAGGGUGAAGGAAAGCCAGCCAAUGCCCUCGUUGCGACGUGGCAAAGCGACUCCGCGGGAGGUGAGCCCAGGUGAGCGCCGGCCGUUCGCAUCGGGUGGCCCCGGUUGGCGACAGCGUGGCCUACCCGCCAACUGCAGCUAUGACGAUGUGAAAAGGCCAAGCACCACCGGAGCCAUCAUGGUUGCUUCGAAACCCAUGGAUGGUCGGCCCCUGGUAGUUACACCUGGUGUAUGCGUGACAAGCAACGGCGCCGCACAUACUUCAGAAGCUGCAGAUGCUUACGAAAGACCAUCACGGGACCACUCUGUCGACGACGUUGUAUCACUGCCUCCUCUUCCGGAGUCCAACCACUCCAACGAUUCCGCCGUCUCGGUCAAGUCUCGUGAAAGUCGGCGUCGUCCUGGCAUGUAG